GGGACCCGGAGCAGCUCCUUCGGGCUUAAUAAUAAACUGUCUGCUGGCUAAGCACUCGGAGCUGGCAGCCUGGCGAGCGAGUCUGACUGCACGCCGUGGCGGAGCCGCUGCCAAAAAAAAAAAAAGGGCCACCCCCACCUUUUCUCCUCUGCCGCUGCCCUUUCCCGGGACAGCCCUCGCAUUCUGCGGACGGGCAGCGGCGUCCUGACUGUGGGAGAUGGAGCCCCGCUGGGAGGAGGAGGAGGAGGAGGAGGCGCUGCCGAAGAAGCCGGACCCGGGCGAGGUGGAGCGAGGGAAAGCCAAGCGGGCCGGGGAGGGAGCAGGUGCCGCGGGCAUCGCGCCGCUCGGAGAAGGCGGCUCUCCUCCUGCAAGCCGCCCGGCGGAGGAGAGAAUGCCCGAGGAAGGUGGGAGCCAAGGGCGAGGGGAUUCCUCGAACGACGACGCCGUCCGGCGACAACGGCCCAACGGUUGCAGCAAAGCAGCUGGACGGAAGGAAGAGGAGGAGGAGGAGGAGGAAGAAGAGGAGGAAGGCUCGGCAGAAGAACUAGGCGCCAGGCCCACCCGAGCUGGCUCGGCCCCAGAGGAAGAUGUCAGGCUCUCUGCCCCGGGGCAAGAGGCGGUCAUGUUCAAGAGAAGAGCGGUGGAAGAUCUGCAACCCACUGGAGAGCCGAGGGGCUCCGAAGAAGCCCUGAUGGGGGAGCUCUCCGAGAUGGUACACAAGGUGGUGAAGACCAGCAGCUGGUGGGAGAGGCACGGGGUGGAUGACACCAUUAUUGCUCUUAACCUCCUUAGCCUACCUCUAGGAUUCCUGCUUCUACGUUCCAGUAAUCCUUUUGUGUUCCUGGUGGGCAUUGCUGUCCUGGGUGUAGCCCAUCAUACCCUCGCUGUGAAGGCAAGCCACUUGGCUAGCCACAAUGCUCUGGUGGAAUCCAAAUCAUGGGGGAAAUUAUGGAGCAUAUUCUUCAUUGAGGUUUGCUCCUCUUUCACAGCAGAACGAGGAUCCUACAACCAUGUCAAAAUGCACCAUGCUUAUACAAAUGUCAUUGGCCUUGGGGAUUCCAGUACAUGGAAGGUUCCUUUCCUGAACCGUUAUGUUUAUAUGUUCAUUGCACCUAUUGCUGUACCUGUCAUCACUCCUUUAGUAGCCAUUGGUUUACUCACAGAAGUAGAACUGAAAACUGCCAUUCGUACUCUGUGUUGUAUAUUCAUUGGUCUGUAUGCCCAUUGUUGGCUGCUGCUUAAUAUCUCAGGGUUCCAGUCUAUCUGGUCUACACUUGGCUGUAUGUUGAUCACCCGUGCUCUCCUCGCCCAUGCAUACAUCCAUGUCAAUAUCUUCCAGCAUAUUGGCCUACCCAUGUUUUCACCUGAUAAGAAGCCAAAACGAAUCCACAUGAUGAGCUGCGGAGUUCUCAAUUUGCCUCGAAAUCCUCUGCUGGACUGGACUUUUGGACACUCGCUCAUUAGUUGCCAUGUGGAGCAUCACCUCUUCCCAGGUUUUUCUGAUAACAUAUGCCUGAAGAUAAAACCUGUGGUUUCUCAGUAUUUGAAAAAGAAGAAAUUACGAUACAAUGAGGAUUCUUACCUUUCCCGCUUGAAGCUAUUCCUGGACAAAUAUGAAGAACUGAUGGUCCAUGCACCUCCUAUUACUGAACUUGUGGGGAUUCAGUAAUGGUAUUGUUAUGGCUAGAGCUAGGGCCUUAAGGCAGCAUGGUUUCUUUUUUCAAGAUCAAUGCAUUUAAAGUCUAAGUUAUCAGGGGAAAAUAAGUACUGUAUGUUAUUUAUGUCUUCCAUAUUGGUCAAGCAAAAAUGAUCUUUAGAUACUGGAUCCAGCUGCCCAGUAAUGGGUCAUAGGGGAAAAUCAAUAGUUCCAAUUAAUUCAAUUGUACUAUCUUUGAUUUUCUUCUCUGCUGUAAUAAUCUUUGCACACUGAUAUAUUUAAUGGAUCAUUUCCAUUCCACUAUUCUGCAACUUGAGGGAGGGAAAUCUAAGGGCUAUUUAAUGUCCUUCCUCUUAAAUUAAAAUAACUUCCAAGUUAAAAGACAUUUGCAUAGUACAAACUUUGAAAAGUUCUGUGUAGCAAUUUCUUUUCCUCAUCUUGGGUAUAUGACAGCAAAGAGCCUUGGUAGUACAGUGGUCUAAAGCACCCUGUUAUUAAGACCAGCUGCCUGCAAUUACUGCAGGUUCGAAUCUCGCCAGGCUCAAGGUUGACUCAGCCUUCCAUCCUUUCUAAGGUAGGUAAAUUGAGGACCCAGUUGUGGGGGCAAUAAGCUGACUUUGUAUAAAUAUACAAAAGGAUGAAGGCUAUUGCUUAGCGCAUUGUAAGCCGCCCUGAGUCUCCGGAGAAGGACGGUAUAUAAAUCAAAUUAAAAAAAACAACAACAUAGAUCACUGCUGCUAACCGAUCUGAAAUCCACACUGUAGAAAGUGUAAGCUGUCUUCGCAAUAUAUGCAUUUUUAGAGCAGCCUUCCUCAACUGGUGCCUUCUAGAUGUGCAGAUUCCAAUUACCAGAAUGCCAGCUAGCAUGGGAAUUUCUGAAAUUCUAGAACAUUUGGAAAGAACACUGGGAAAGAAACUUAUUAGAGGAAGCUUUUCCUAGAGGUUAGAAGAAACAUGAAAAAAUUGCAUUGACUGUUGGACUGAUAUCCACGUAGCUCUAAUUCCAUGAGAAUUUAUAUGGUAAAGAGAUAGCUUCUGUCAGAUGCUUCAUAGAUUUUCAUUUUUUAGCACACCCUCAGCAGGUAGCAAUCCCAGCCUACUUUGAUUGUUCUGAGAAGCUAAGGAAGGUCAGGCCAAGAAUGUGCUUAGUAGACCUUCAUAGAAUAUCAGGUUUGAGGGCCAAACUGGAAAAUCAAAAACCACCCUGGAAGACGGCAGCAGUAAGUCACUUCUGUACUGUUGCCAACUCCUCACUCCCCACACAUGGAUCCAUUAUUGCAGUUGCCAAGAGUUGAGCUUGACCUGAAGGAGACUUUACUAAAAUUUCUCCUCCUGCAAGAAGCAAAAAAAAAAAAAGCUUAUUUAAACUAUGAUGCUGAACGGUUGAAGGAAAUAGAAUUGUCAUUACCAACGUAUCUUUUAUUAAUACAAAUGAUGCAAAGAAGGACUGUAUAAAAGGUCCUGCUGACAAAUGUGAUGAUAUCUAUGCAAAGAGAGAAUAAAUUAUUACCCAAUCCA